UGAUAUUCUUCAUAUUUAUUUAUUUCUUGAUUGAUUGAUUUCUUUACUCUUUCUUGCCCAUUCCUCCCACUCCUCUCGAACCAGUUUCCCAAUUACCUCAAUAUACUUGGAUGAAGAACGACUCGCAGACUCCUGAGUCGACACAAAAUGACAUCGCUUGCAACCUAUAGACGUUCUGUGCUUCAUGCAGCACAUCUCCCGGUCUACGACUUCUUAGCCCCAAGUUUUAUUCAGAUUCCUAGAGCGUCACGAGUACGAUAUAUAUCAACAACCCGAAAACUCGCUGCAAUUCCAGAUCAAUCCUCAAACACACCUAAUCCAGGCCAAUCCGCAAGCUCCAAUGCACCCUCUCUGAAGAAACCUCUAACUCAAGCCCAGCGUGAAUUUCUCAGCCAGGCAUUCCGAGUCAACCAGGCCGGCGAAUUGGCCGCUACUCUGAUUUACAUCGCCCAAACGCCUCCCAUUGUGGCCUCUCAUCCGCACCUUCGUCCUCUCAUGAAGCACAUGUAUGACCAGGAAGCUGGCCAUCUCGAGACCUUCAAUACCCUCCUAGCAAAGCAUCGCGUGCGGCCUACAGCCAUGUAUCCGAUCUGGACAAUUGCGGCCUCAGCGUUGGGCUGGGGAACAGCCAUCAUGGGGAGAGAGGCUGCAAUGGCAUGUACCGAAGCUGUGGAGACCGAAAUUGGUGGACAUUACAAUGAACAAUUGAGGGUGUUAGUAGAUAUGGUGGAACAGAUGGAAGAGUCGGGCGAGGAAGUAGGAAACGAACUAAAGGAGCUGAUGAGCACGAUAAGAAGGAUAAGAGAUGAGGAGUUGGAGCAUUUAGAUCAUGCGGUCGAGAAUGAAGCGAAACAAGCGCAGCCAUACGAGCUCCUGACGGGUAUUAUCAAAGCUGGCUGCAGAGGUGCAAUUUGGAUUAGUGAGAGGGUAUAGAAUUUAUUAUGUAUUGAUGUCUUGAAGUUGAUACAUUAAUGAAGAAAAAAAGACAAUGCU